ACUACGUAAACAUAUCGGACAUUUCGACAUUAGUAAACUUUAGUGCCGAUUCUCUUUACAGAAAGUUAUUGUGAGCCGUAGCAACAGGAAACAUAUUUAUUUAUUUAUUUUUCGAGAUUCCAUAAUUAUUUUAACCGCCACGUUGUAUGUGCUUAAUAAUCCGUUUCGAUAGAAUAAGUGCUUACAUUAACUAAAUGAUAAGGAGAACAUCAUUAACAAAUCUAUUAUGCAUAUAGCUUCUAUUUGCACUUCUUAAUUUAUUUACAAUAGGCACUUGAAUAACAUUCUUAUGUGAGUUUUUAAAUUAUCUCUAUAAAUAAAUACAUGAUGGCUUACCAUAAUAAUAUGAAGAUAAUGUUUGGAACAAAAAGUUUGAUAAACGGGAGAAUUUUUUUAAACACUUUUUUUAACAAGCAAAGACUAACACAUACCAAUAUUCAACAAGACACUCAGCUAGGUGAGAGUAAAGUGGCUCCGCUUGUAGACCUUUAUGGUCGCCAACACAACUAUCUUCGUAUAUCACUGACUGAGCGCUGUAACUUAAGAUGUCAGUACUGUAUGCCGGCUGAGGGCGUGCCGCUCAGUGCGCGCGACGCGCUGCUGUCGCGCGACGAGCUGCUGCGUCUGGUGCACGUGUUCGCCGCGCUCGGCGUCACCAAGCUGCGGCUCACGGGUGGAGAACCUUCCGUGCGCUCCGACCUCGUCGACAUUGUCCAGGAGCUGAGCGGCGUGCCGGGCGUGCGCACGCUGGCCAUGACGAGCAACGGGCUGGCGCUGGCGCGGCGCCUGCCCGCGCUGCAGCGCGCCGGCCUGCGCGCGCUCAACCUGUCGCUCGACUCGCUGCGCCCCGCGCGCUUCGAGAGCAUGGCGCGCCGACCGGGACUGCCGAGGGUGCUGGCGAGUAUGGACCUGGCGUUGCAGCUCGGCUUCGACUCCGUCAAAGUCAAUACCGUUCUCAUGAAAGGUUUUAACGACGACGAAAUCUCCGAUUUCGUGGAAUUGACUCGGGAGCGGAAAAUCGACGUCAGAUUCAUCGAGUUCAUGCCGUUCUCCGGUAACCGCUGGCAGGACGAGCGCCUCGUGAGCGAGCGAGACGCGCUGGCGGCCGCGCGGCGCGCGCACCCGCGCCUGGCGCGCGACGCGGACGACGCGUGCCGCACCGCCACGAUGUGGCGCGUGCCGGGCUACGCGGGUCGGAUAGGGUUCAUCUCUUCGAUGACGAAACCAUUCUGCUCCUCUUGUAAUCGCUUGCGACUGACCGCGGACGGGAAUCUCAAGGUGUGCCUGUUCGGGGAGGCGGAGACGAGCCUGCGCGCGGCGCUGCGCGGCGGCGCGGACGACGGCGAGCUGACCGCGCUCGUGCGCGCCGCGCUGCGCCGCAAGCUGCCGCAGCACGCCGCGGCCCCACCAGUCGCGCCUCGCCGCGUAUUUGCACGCAACUACUGCACGAGCACGCCUGAUCCGCCGCCCCCCGCGCCUGCGCGUCGCCGCCCCGCCUCCGAGCUCACGCAUCUCGACGAGCACGGGCGCGCACGCAUGGUCGACGUGGGCGAGAAGCCGAUCACUGCGCGCGCCGCCGAGGCCGAGUGCUACCUGGUAGUGGGAGCGCGCCUGCUGCGGCUAUUGCGUUCGUCGCGCCUGCCCAAGGGCGACGCGCUGACCGUGGCGCAGGUGGCCGGCGCGCUGGCGGCCAAGCGCACGGCCGACCUGAUCCCGCUGUGCCACCCGCUGCCGCUGGAGUUGGCGCACGUGCGCGUGACGCUGCCGCGCGGCGAUCACGACGGCGGCGGGCGCGUGCGCGUGUGGUGCGAGACGCGCGCGACGGCGCGCACUGGCGUCGAGAUGGAGGCCCUCACGGGCUGCGCGGUGGCGGCGCUCGCGCUCUACGACAUGUGCAAGUCGGUAGACAAGGGCAUGUCCAUCACGGAGCUGCGCGUCGUGCGUAAGUCGGGUGGCAGCAGUACGUGGCCGACGGAGGGGGGGAGCGGGAAGGGGACCGAGAGCCCGCGAGUGCGCGCGCACGACACAUCUCCGCUGCGACCAGACGAGACCUAUGCGCCCACUAAUUUUAUGUACUUCUAAUUUUAUGUUUUUGUUAAUAUAUAUACGUAACAUUUUUUAUAAUUAAAUCGUAAAGAUUGACAUUUUCUAACAUGAUGGUAAUUGUCAACUCGCUCUUAGGCGUGACUGCAAUAAUACUGUACGACUGUUUCUAGGUUGAAUCACUAUAAUAUAUUCACCCAUAUUUGGAAUGCAAUAACACUUCAAAGUUUCAGUCAACAUUAGCUCGGGAAUACCAUUAGAGGUGUUUUUAUUUUUAUGUAAUAUAAAAAAAUAGACAUGAAUGGUAUUA